AUGACUUGGCCCGACAUCCCCACUGCCGCUGCCGCGGGCAUCUCCUACUUCACGCCCGCGCAGAGCCCGCCCGCAGGCACUGCGCGCAACCCACAAGCCAGCGGCAAGCCCAUUCCCAAGCUGUUCCAGCCCCUGACGAUCCGAGGCAAGACUUUCCAAAACCGCCUAGGGGUGGCGCCCAUGUGCCAGUACAGUGCCGAUGAUGGCCACAUGACUCCCUGGCACAUCGCCCACUACGGCGGCAUCGCCCAGCGCGGUCCCGGAAUGAUCAUCAUCGAAGCCACUAGUGUCGUGCCCGAGGGCCGCAUCACCCCCGGCUGUGUGGGUCUCUGGAAGGACUCCCAAAUCGCCCCGCUGAAGCAGGUCGUUGAGUUCGCCCACAGCCAGGGCCAGAAGAUUGGUAUCCAAUUGGCCCAUGCGGGUCGUAAGGCCUCGACGGUGGCCCCCUGGCUCGGCGGUAUGACGGCCACCAACGCUGUUGGCGGCUGGGUGGAAAAUGUCAAGAGCCCCAGUGCCAUUGCCUUCGCUGAGGGCGAUAUUGUGCCCAAGGAAAUGACCCUGGAGGAUAUCCAGGAGGUCAAGGACGCGUGGGUUGCGGCCACCAAGCGCGCUCUGGCAGCUGGUGUGGACUUCAUUGAAAUUCACAAUGCCCACGGAUACCUGCUCUCUUGUUUCCUCAGCCCAUCGGCCAACAAGCGCACCGACGACUAUGGUGGCAGCUUUGAGAACCGCAUCCGUCUCUCUUUGGAGAUCGCUCAGCUCACCCGUGACACGGUUGGACCCAACAUUCCCGUUUUCCUCCGUGUAUCUGCUACCGACUGGCUGGAGAACAGCCUGCCCGAGGAGAAGGGCUGGAAGCUGGAGGACACGGUCGAGUUUUCCCGUGCUCUUGCCGAGCAGGGUGCGGUUGAUCUGAUUGAUAUCAGCACCGGUGGUGUGCACUCUGCCCAGAAGGUCACCUCUGGAGUGGGUUUCCAGGUCCCCUUCUCCGCUGCCGUCAAGAAGGCCGUUGGCGACAAGAUCCUGGUCUCCGCCGUGGGCACUAUCAACAGCGGUGUUCUUGCCGAGAAGGUCAUGAAUGAUGAGGGGAUUGAUGUCAUCCUGGUUGGCCGUGCCUUCCAACGUGACAGCGGUCUGGCCUGGGCCUUUGCCAAGGACCUGGAUGUCGAGAUUGCCAUGGCGGCGCAGAUUCGAUGGGGCUUCACCAGCUUCCGCAACGCGUCGGAGUAUAUCCAGCCCAACUCGAUGAAGGCAUCCAUCUUUGAUUAG